UAAAAGUAGUCUUUUUUGGGGGUCAAUGUAUCAAUAUACAACUCCAUCGUACGGUUUUCCUUCCAUGUCGAUUUCUGGGAUUCAAGGCCAAUUGCUUGAAGUUACAGUUGUUAGUUGUAAUAAAUUAAAGGAUACUGAAUGGAUUUCAAGGCAAGAUCCCUAUGUCUGUGUCGAAUACGGUAGCACAAAGUCCCGCACCCGAACCUGCACAGACGGAGGCAAAAAUCCUACGUUUCAAGAGAAAUUCGUGUUUACACUAAUUGAAGGGCUACGAGAGUUGAAUCUUGUGGUGUGGAAUAGCAAUACCCUCACUUAUGACGACUUCAUCGGCAGUGGAAAGGUUCAAUUGCAAAAAGUCCUUUCUCAGGGAUAUGAUGACAGCUCUUGGCCUCUUCAGACCAAAACCGGAAGGCAUGCAGGAGAGGUUCGGCUAAUAAUGCAUUAUGCAAACGCCAAUAAGUUGGCAACACACUAUGCUCCAUCGGCUCCGCCAUAUGUAGCUCCAGCUGUACCUCAAGCUUCUUUUUACUCUGCACCACCUCCAGCAUCAGGUCAUUAUCUUCAGCCAUCCACUUCCUACCCUGCACCAUCUCCUUAUCCUUCAUACCCACUGGCUUCAGCAGCUUAUACACCACCUCCAUACCAUUCUUCUCAGCCAGCGGCUUAUCCUCAAGCCUAUCCACCACCUUCAGCAUAUCCUCCACAACCAUAUCCACCUCCACCACAGGCCUCACCCUAUAAUCCUCCAGGUAGCUUUUCUUUUUGAUCUAUACUUCUUUUCACCACCUAUGGUCUCAUCCUUAACAGUAUAUUUUGUUUUCCAAACAGGUCCAUACCCUGGAACUUAUCCUCCACCACCAUAUUGAGAUAGAACUCCUGUGUGCCAAAGUUAAGAUGCAAGAUUUAUAGGUUACCUACAGUCGUACUGUAUAGGCCUUGUGUUGAAAAUGGCUUAGUAGUUAUAUUGUCCAACAUCAAGAAUUCAAUGUUUGUGAUGUCAAACUCAUAUAUUUUUGUUUUUUGCUGGAAAAUGUUAAUUGUGUUUUGUACUCAGAAUGUUUCUGACACAAAUUGGUUGGUUUAUCUGUUUUUUUUCUCUUGUUAAAGGCGUG